AUGGUUCUUGACAAAGAUGUAAAAGCUAUGCCACUCAGUAACAAUACUGAUAGCAGAAGAAUAGACGAAAUGAUUGAAGAUAUUGAAAAACGACUUGUUGAAAAGUGGAAAACUAGAAAAUUCUCAGUGCAAAUGCAUGAAUCAAUUUUGAUAGACAGUGUGGCAGUAUUGAUAACUUACUUAAGACACAUUGAUAAAGGGCAUUUUGCUGAAGAGAUGUUGUUCAGUAAAAGAUUAGAAAGCAUCACUACCUCCAAAGAUAUAUAUAAUAAGCUAAAAAACUACUUAGAUGUCAAUAAUAUACCAAUGAAAAAUAUAACUUCUUGUGCUGCAGAUGGUGCUCCUAAGAUGAUGGUCAAGAAAAAUGACUGCUUAAAAUUGAUAAAAGAUGAGAAUCCAGAAAUGAUUUUUGUGCAUUGUGCUAUUCAUAGGGAAAACUUGGUAGCUAAAAACAUCUCACCUGUUCAAAAUGAAGUACUGCAUUCAGUAAUAAAGUGCAUCAAUGCUAUCAAAACUAAUGCCAAAUGUGAGCGUCUCUUCAAGCUAUUUUGUGAAAAGAAAAAUGCAGACCAUAUGAGACUUUCAUUUCACACUGAAGUAAGGAUGGCUCUCUAA